AUUAUUUCAGGUCAACGCACACUAGAGUUCUCUUCUUGUAGCAUUCCUCGAAAUAAGCCAAAUCAGUCUUCUUGGACGCCCAUGUCAUAUACUAGAACAUUGGUGGUACUUUCUUAUAACAUGGGGUCAUGGUUCCCAGUUACUAAGUAGUCCUCGGCACCUAGCUCGAGAGUUUCGUUAGAUCGAUAACGUUUGGUGCAAAGGAAACCAGUCGAGGUUUUCUAUCUCAAUCUCUCCAUCUGUAAUUGUUCCGUUGAUCCUGUGUCCCGACCUUUAAGCAUCUACGGUAUGAGCUGUGCAAGUCGGUAAAGGCCGAGUUGUCCUUUAGGGAUAUUGCAUUCAAAUAAGGGUCAUGCGCGUAUUUGGACCCAUUGAGAAACCAAAAAGGGCCCCUUUACUAAUCAAAUCAUUGAAGAGUGAAUGAGAAAGGCUCCAACGCUAAAUAACAUGUCGAGAAGGGAGCUUAUUUUUCCCGGGACUGAAAUCCAAUAUGACCUUCGAAGAGAGAAGAGCUUUCAUUGGUAUGAAAGUACACUGGUCAAACAGACUUUUGGCCAACCCUGGUUGGAUCCCUCGGACUGGAAAUUCAAGCCAAAGGCGUCUCAGAUUGAGAAAGAGGUGUCAAAACCACAGCAUAAGGUGUCCUUUCGAGAAGCCGCAGUGGGAAUCAAGUUGGGUCUGCAACUAAAACAUGAUCUCCGGGACCGGCAACUGGUUCGUGUCCUGAAUGGGGCUUGCUUGGAUAGGGAGCUGUCCGAAAAUUUGGCCUCACUUCUUCUCCAUUGUGAGCCUCCUCCUCCUGCUCCCCCUCGUUCUCCUCGUUCUCCUUUUCCUCGUGCUCUUCCAUCAAAGACAAGUCACGAGUCCAUAGCUGAGAAAAUGGCAAAACAGGAGCCAUUCUCGUACUCCGGCGGCCUCCACGACUCGAAUGGAACCAGACACACAAAGGAGCUCAGCCUGCUCAAUGAUGGCCGAGGCGUGACACUCGAAGCUUACAAAAAAUCCGCCCAUAAAGACAAAGACCAGGCGGAGGCUGAUGUCGACGAAGAAUUGGAUAUUCGACAGGACGUUGAGCAGGGAACCAAGACAAGAGAUGACAUGCUCUCAUCAUCUUACGACUACUACGACAGCGACGACCUCGAGGCUGAAUCAAUUUUUCAAAAGGCUUUGCUCGAUUUCACAUUCCGAACCGAGGCUGUGGGCCAAGACGAACUGGACGAGAUGACCUCGGGUCUGAUGUCGGGCUUGAAAUCGUGGCUGAGUUUCGGCUCAAGCAUGGCCCCAUCUGGAGGCAGUUUUGAGGCUGACAACCAAAUGGCCUCGUUUCUCACCACAACACAAGCAGCUCUGGAAAUGAAGAGGAAAGGCUCAAAUAUAUACUCGUUGAAAACAGACGACCGCCUGACGAAAAAGGCCGAGGAACAAGCGGCCAAGAUUGCCGGCGAAUUUUGUGCGUGGCUCCGAAAUCUGCCCAAAGGCACCAGCGACACAGUGAACACGAUUCCUGAGGAUCACAUUCGAGCCCUAUUUGAUAUUGGACAAGCGGCUAAUCCGACCAAAUCCAAGCUAGCUGAGGGUUUAAUGUCGUGGGCCCGAUUUGGCCAAAUGGCCGGUCCCAAAGACGCUCUGGCCUCGAUUGCAUCUCAACAAAUGAGCAAACAGAAGUUUAAGAAGGGCGUGGAUAAUCGAAAGAAAUAUAGAAGAACCUCGAAGCGGCCAAAGAACUUGGAUGGAACAUUGACGGGACAAAAAGCAAACUCGACUACUCCUCAAAUAACCGGUAGUAACCAGUCUCGCUCCCAAUGGAGUAAUAAAGGCCCUAUUUUGGACCAAGGGACACGACAGAAGAGAAGGCAACAAUAUGCGGGCCAUGUGUGGCAUGUGCACCCCACCUUGUGGAACAAGAGAUUACAACAAAUCUUGCAAGAACACCAACACGAGUCUUCCAUCGAGGCCGUUCUGGCCUCAACAAUUCCAGCUCAACAAAGGCCGUUGGUGUCUUCUAUGGAACGAUCAAACGUGAAUGAAAUCCUCUCGAGCACCAGCAUGAACAGUGAAUCGGGAGCCGCAACCGGAACAAAAACAACCGAAGAGAAUUAUGGUCGAGCAGGAAUUGGAACCAUCGGAGAAUCACCACGGUUGCCAAGAAAGAGCUCGAAACACCAGCUUACCCAAAAUGGAAGGAUGGUCAAUGGGAGGCAAUCAUCAUUAAAACACCGAAAAGGGCCUGAUAUGGAAGCCACGGAUGAAGAAUACAAUCGUUGGGAAGAAAACCGCAGGAUUGCCCAACUUAGCUCUUCCAAGGCGUUCGCCGAGUUUCUAGCCAAAAGAUCAAAUUACCAACUUCCUCCUUUUUUGAGAGAUAUUUUGCCUGCAAAUGACAAAUAGUCCAGCCAAAUUUCCGAAUAAAAACACCCGAAAUGAGAUGGAUCGUUAAAAGCACAA